GUCAGGGAAGAUGAAUUACUGACUUCAUUUACUUCGGUGCAGGGAGUCAGCCUGACUCUGGAUCGCUGCCGCACGGCUUUGAUAAAUGAGAGAGGGGAUCGGAGGAAAGCUACUUACAGAGGAUCGAACGAGUUGUGAAGUCCAUGGAGUCAUCAUGCAGGACAGAAGGUUUUGGGAGCCGGAUACCGUUCUGCAGCUCGGAGGCGUUAAGCAGUCAUCUCCUCGUUCCAACAAUCUCCUUCCGCACAAACCCUUUAAAGGCUGUCUCCGCAACGUCGUUCUUAAUAAGCAGGUGUAUGAUCUAGCAGCCCCUCUGGAAGCUGUUAAUAGCUCCCCAGGCUGUGCGAGGAAGCGUACAGCUUGCUCAUCACCUGCACCCUGCAACUCUCCUUGCAUCAGUGACCCCAAGCUGUGA